AUGAGGUCAUACAAAAGAAAGACCGAACGAGGAAUUAUUCCUCACGAUUUGUACGCCAAAGCAGCUGAAGAUGUAAUCAAAAAUAAUUUUUCACUUCGUCAAGCUGCCGAAAAACAUUCUGUGAAAUUGAUGACACUUCAAAGAUACGUCAAGAAAUUGAAGCUUUUCAAUGAGCAAUCAGGACAACGAUCAGGAUGCAAACCGAAAACCGGAUACCUUACUCGAAAAAUUUUUAAUGAUGAUGAAGAAGAGGCGUUAGUUAGUUAUUUAAAGAUGUCAGCUAAUAUUUAUUUCGGCCUUACUACCAAAGAUUUAAGAACAUUAGCAUACAGUUAUGCAAAUAUUAACUGCAUAAAGAUGCCUAAAUCAUGGGAGAUUAACAAAGAAGCUGGAACAAAUUGGAUAACGUCUUUUUUGAAACGAAAUAAAAGUCUUUCUAUUAGGUCACCUGAAGCGACAAGUAUCGGACGAGCUACAGGAUUUAAUAGACCUAUUGUUAACUUAUUUUUUGACCAAUUAAUGGAGCUUUUUGACCGAUACAAUUUUACAGCUAAAGAUAUCUAUAAUGUUGAUGAAACAGGAGUCACUACAGUCCAAAAGCCACCUAAAGUGAUUGCUAAAAAAGGAUUAAAACAAGUUGGGGCCAUAACUUCUUCAGAGCGAGGAACUUUAGUGACGGUUUGUGUUGCAGUUAAUGCCAUUGGAAAUGCUAUUCCCCCAAUGUUUAUUUUUCCAAGAAAAAAUUUCAAAGAUCAUUUUAUAAGAGAUGGGCCUCCUGGCUGUAUUGGUAGUGCAUAUCCAUCAGGUUGGAUGACCGGACCUGACUUUUUUAUUUAUAUCAAGCAUUUUCAUCAACAUACUCGAUCUACAAUUGAAAAUCCCGUACUGUUGCUACUAGACAACCAUAAUUCUCAUAUAUCUUUAAACGUUAUAGAUUUCUGUAAGAACAACGGCAUAAUCAUGUUAUCAUUUCCUCCUCAUUGUUCGCAUAAACUUCAACCCCUUGACAGAACAGUUUAUGGCCCUUUUAAGAAGUUUAUUAAUAAUGCAAUGGGUAGUUGGCUUCGUAUGCAUCCUGGGAAAUGUUUAACAAUUUAUGAUAUUCCUGGUAUAGUAAGAGAAACAUUUCCUAAGGCGGUAACACCUUCGAAUAUUAUUUCUGGAUUUAAAGUUGCUGGCAUUUGGCCCUUAAAUAGGGAUAUAUUCACAGAUGAAGACUAUUUACCAUCGUAUGUUACUGACAGACCAGAACCAUCAUCAUCCUCCCAACCUUCAUGCAAUAUAGAGACUUCGAGUACGCAAUACAUUGAACAGGAGGAUUCAUUAAAUUGUUCGCAAGAUGAAUAUGGCUUAGAUAUAAAUGAACAAGCUAAAGAUUUAACAUUUCAACCAAGCACAAGUAAGCAAACAGAAAUUGAAAAAACCAUUAUCAGUCCUGCUGAUAUCAGACCUCUUCCAAAAUGUGGACCGCGACAAGUUCAAAAGCGCGGGAGAAAAAAAAGACAACCGGCGAUUCUGACAGACACUCCUGUUAAAUUAGCUUUAUUAGAGGAAGAGCAAGUUCGUAUUGCAAAAGCAAAUAAAAGUCGUAAGACAGCAGCAAAAAUAAAGUUAAAAUUAUAA